AUAUUUGUCGACAACUCCGACGAGCUUUCUACUCAGCUUUCGAUAUUUCGAUUCAGCAAAAAACGUAAUCCCCAAUUGUUUGAUCUGUUAAAGGGUGUUCUAUUUGUGAAUAGUUUCAUCUAUUUGAAGUUUUCAUCCAAUUAUUCACUGACAUGGCAAUGAGUUUACCACACCAGAUCGGAGCAAUCGCCGGAACACAGAUUCCCGACGGUUCAGGAAGUGUUUCAGGUGAGGCACCAUCGGCGGCGACGGUUAGUGCGUCGGCGGUGUGGAGGUCACCAGGUGCAAGUCUCCGUCCUCUGCAAAAACUGGGUCCGGAGAUUGACCAGCUCUCGCCGUCGCCGCCGCCGCUGAGUCCGAGGAUUGGAAUGCGGCCGGAUCUGUCGGUGGCGUGCCAGGCUUUGAUGGAACCGCCGGUGGUGACGGAGGAGGUGGUGGAGAGAGAGUAUAGAAGUGGUGGUUUUGGGGGUAAGGGUAAGGGGGUACCAGUAUUUGUGAUGAUGCCGUUGGAUAGCGUGACGAUGAACAAUACGGUGAAUCGGAGGAAGGCGAUGAAUGCGAGCUUGCAGGCGUUGAAGAGUGCUGGUGUGGAGGGGAUAAUGAUGGAUGUGUGGUGGGGACUGGUGGAGAGAGAGUCGCCGGGGGAGUAUAAUUGGGGAGGGUACUCGGAACUCUUGGAGAUGGCGAAGAAGCAUGGCCUUAAGGUUCAGGCUGUCAUGUCGUUUCAUCAGUGUGGGGGAAACGUCGGUGACUCUUGCACUAUCCCCCUUCCGAAAUGGGUUGUGGAGGAAGUUGACAAGGACCCUGACCUUGCAUACACUGAUCAAUGGGGCCGAAGGAAUUAUGAAUAUAUAUCACUUGGUUGUGAUGCUCUUCCUGUCCUAAAGGGUCGAACACCUGUUCAAUGUUAUUCUGAUUUCAUGCAUGCUUUCAGGGACAAAUUUGAGCACCUUCUAGGUGACACCAUUGUGGAAAUUCAAGUUGGAAUGGGUCCAGCUGGUGAGCUCCGUUAUCCAUCAUACCCAGAGCAAAAUGGAACGUGGAAAUUUCCUGGUAUUGGAGCGUUCCAAUGUUAUGACAAGUACAUGCUUAGUAGCCUAAAAGCUGCUGCAGAAGCUAAUGGUAAGCCAGAAUGGGGAUCCACUGGCCCAACGGAUGCUGGCCAGUAUAACAACUGGCCAGAAGACACCAAUUUUUUUAAAAAGGAAGGUGGCGGUUGGAAUGGUCCUUAUGGUGAAUUUUUCCUCACGUGGUAUUCUGAGAUGCUUCUAGCCCAUGGAGAGAAAAUUCUGUCAUCGGCCAAGGCCAUCUUUGAGAAUAUGGGUGUGAAAAUCUCAGUUAAGAUUGCUGGCAUCCACUGGCAUUAUGGAACUCGAUCCCAUGCCCCUGAGCUCACAGCAGGGUACUAUAACACCCGUUUCCGAGAUGGGUACCUUCCCAUUGCCCAGAUGUUAGCCCGCCACGGUGCUGUAUUCAACUUCACUUGUAUUGAGAUGCGAGAUCAUGAGCAGCCACAGGAUGCCUUGUGUGCACCAGAGAAGCUGGUUAGGCAAGUGGCCUUAGCCACUCAAGAAGCUCAGGUCCCGUUGGCAGGGGAGAAUGCAUUGCCACGAUACGAUGAAUGUGCACACAAGCAGAUCUUGCAAGCGUCGUCAUUGAAUGUUGAUGGUGAUUCGGAUGUAAGAGAAAUGUGUGCGUUCACUUAUUUGAGGAUGAAUCCAGACUUGUUCCAGCCAGAUAACUGGAGGCGGUUUGUCGCGUUUGUGAAGAAGAUGAAGGAACGAAAGGAUGUGAACCGGUGUUGGGAACAGGUUGAGCGUGAGGCUGAACAUUUUGUGCACGCAACUCAGCCAUUAGUGCAAGAGGCUGCUGUUGCUCUUAUGCACUAACAACUUAGGCUAAGGAUGCUUUCUUAGUCAUAUAGACCACAAGGUUUAUGUCAUGGUGCUAAUAGUGAUUGGGUCACUGCAGCUUUGUUGUAAUUUUCAUUUUGUAAGAUGUAUUAUAACGAUGGAGAAUGCUUUAAUACCUCAAGACUUCACAGUCAUAUUUUCUUCUCUCUCUCACACACACACGCCCACACUAUUUUCUGAAGGAUACUGGUGUUGUGAAGGACUAUCUUUACUGCGUUGUCCAUUCCGGUCAUUGUUAUUUGAUGCACAUAGUAUAUCAUUAGACGCCAAGGAAUUCCAAUGCUUCUGUCCUCGGUGCUUCUUGCACCGAACGUGUAUCAUUUUCAGAAAACACUACAAAGGCUUGACAGAGUCGUGUGCGACUGUAUUGCAUACGCAAUGUGGAACAGUAACGGAAUAGAAUGUGUCGAAUUAGAUACAACCCAUCUGGUUUGCAACAAUAUUCGACAAUACUUCGGACCAUGUUGUGCCGUAUUUCAAAUGCAAUCACAACUCUCUAUGGAUUGCUUCUCCAUUUCGUUGUAAACUUUAAUUUUGAUAGUUGAGAAUCUUAACUACACGUCUUAUAGAUUCGUGGUUUGAA